AUGGCAGCUGUUGCUGCUAGAAAGAAAGAAGUCACUAAAGACCUGGAUCAUUGCGAUAUCCCAUACUAUGUUUCUGAAUUUGUGGAAAGAGAAGUUGGAAAUGACUAUGCUUCUCUGAGGAAGCUCGACAACCUAAUUGAUAAGCUAUCUGAAAAUAAGAAGCAGUUAGAAGAACAGGUACUUACAGUUUCAUCGGAAGUCCCUAAAAGAAUUCAAAAUGCCUUAAAGAAUGCAGAAGAUUCUAAAAAGUCUCUGAGCCGGCUCCUAGAGGAAGAAACCCUUUUAUCUGAUUCAAUCAACAGCCACUUACUGAAAGCUCAGCCAUGGAUGGAGGAUCUCGAUGUACUGAUUAGCCAGGUAGAAGAGAUUGAACGACACCUGUCCUAUCUGAAAUGGAUUUCACAAAUAGAAGAGUUAAGUGAUAGCAUUCAGCAAUAUCUGAUGACCAACAAUGUUCCAGAGGCAGCCAGUACUCUGGCAUUCAUGGCAGAACUGGAUAUUAAACUUCAGGACUCAUCUUGCUCUCAUCUUCUUGCUUUUGUGAGAUCCACUGUUCAAUUCUGGCAUAAAAUCCUUAAGGACAAGUUGUCGAGUGACUUUGAAGAGGUGCUAACCCAGCUCCGCUGGCCAUUUGUGGGGCCACCACAGUCUCAGGCAUUUGGCCUUGCUGCACCAGCCAGUGCUCCUGAUGUAUACAACAAUUUGGAGAUGUUGUUUUGUCAGCUUCUGAAGUUGCAAACCUCAGAUGAACUCUUAACCAAACCUAAACAGUUGCCAGAAAAGUACUCUUUACCCCCAUCACCACCCAUUAUCCUUCCGAUACAGAUCAUGCUGAAUCCUCUUCAGAAAAGAUUCAAGUAUCAUUUCACUGGAAAUAAACAAACCAAUGUUUUAAGCAAGCCUGAGUGGUAUCUAACACAAGUACUUAUGUGGAUUGGAAAUCAUGCAAAGUUCCUUGAUGACAAGAUCCAGCCAAUACUGGACAAGGCAGGAUCUUCAGUGAAUGCUGGGCUUGAAUUCUCUCGUGCUCUAGUAAUGCUGAUUUUGGAGAAGCUGGCUGCUGAUAUUCCAUGCCUGUUGUAUGAUGAUACACUCUUUUGUCACCUUGUGGAUGAGGUACUUCUGUUUGAGAGAGAGUUAUACAGCGUUCAUGGUUAUCUCAGCAGCUUUCCCAGUUGCAUGCAUAUUCUGUCAGAAGAAUCCUGCUUCCAAAGGUGGCUAACAGUGGAAAAAAAAUUUGCUCUUCAGAAAAUGGACUCUAUGCUUUCAUCAGAGGCUGCGUGGGUAUCACAAUACAAAGAUAUCACUGAUGUAGAUGAAAUGAAAGUCCCAGACUGCGCUGAAACUUUUAUGACCCUGUUGUUAGUUAUAACAGACAGGUAUAAAAAUCUUCCAGCAGCUUCCAGAAAACUGCAGUUCCUGGGCCUACAGAAAGAAUUAGUUGAUGAUUUCAGGAUACGAUUAACUCAAGUAAUGAAGGAGGAGACUAGAGCUUCCUUAGGCUUCCGAUACUGUGCAAUCCUUAAUGCUGUUAACUAUAUAGCAACAGUGCUGGCAGACUGGGCUGACAAUGUAUUCUUCUUGCAGCUACAGCAGGCUGAACUGGAGGUCCGUGCAGAAAGUAAUGCUGUCAGUAAACUACAGCUGGGGCAGCUGGCUUCGAUGGAGAGUUCGGUCUUUGAUGAAAUGAUCAACCUCCUGGAACGCCUGAAACACGACAUGCUGACUCGCCAAGUAGAUCAUGUCUUCAGAGAGGUCAAAGAUGCUGCAAAGCUGUACAAAAAAGAGAGGUGGUUAUCUUUACCAUCUCAAGCAGAGCAAGCGGUAAUGUCAUUAUCGAGCACAGCUUGCCCAAUGUUGUUGACCCUACGAGAUCGCUUGCUACAACUAGAACAGCAGCUCUGUUACUCACUGUUCAAAAUCUUCUGGCAAAUGCUUGCAGAGAAAGUGGAUGUGUACAUAUAUCAGGAAAUAAUUAUGGCAAAUCACUUCAACGAAGGAGGAGCAGCACAGCUCCAGUUUGACAUGAGUAGAAAUCUGUUCCCUUUGUUUUCACACUACUGCAAGAGGCCAGAAAACUACUUCAAACACAUUAAAGAAGCCUGCAUUAUCCUGAACCUGAAUCUUGGCUCUGCCUUGCUUCUGAAGGAUGUACUACAGUCAGCUUCAGAAAAUGAACCAUUAAAGCCAAACCAGCCAUCUGCAACAGCAGCACUAAAUGAACUUGGUGUUUACAAAUUAGCUCAGAAGGAUGUUGAGAUUCUUCUCAAUUUGAGAGCUAGUUGGCCAAGCCCAGGAAAAUAAAGACUUCUUCAGGAAUGGU